AUGUAAGGCAAUAUUAAAGAAGCAUUCUUAAAAUUAGAUCAUUUUUACACUUCUUAUCAGAAAGCCAGGACUAAAUAUCUAAUUCUGUUUACUUUUGAACAUGCCAUAACUACUCCAGCCAUAUUGCUUAGAGUCUAUGAUGGCAAGACAAUUUGGUUAUUUUAGAUUCUUGAAAAACACAUAGAGGAAAUGAGAUCAAAAAGUGAAAUCAAAGGAACACUGAAUUCAUUUCUAGAUAUGAUGCAAUAAGCUUUGGAAAGCAAUCAAUACUAGUUGACCCUUGAAAAUUUAAAUUUACAAAUCUUAUUCGAAUUUUAACUUACUCAAGGAGUUUUCAUUAAGAGCGUGUUGGAUCUAGGGGGAGGUCUCAUCAUAGAAGACAAAGACUCAAUUGAGGUCUCCAGAGAUUUCACUAUGGAUUUAUACGAAUCAAUGCGAUAUAAAUUUAUAGCCUUGAAAAACCAAAAAGAAUCAGAAAUUGCUUUAGUUAAAUAAUAAACAAUUGCAUCUAAAGACAAAGAUGUGCCAAAAGUGUUUUAAUAAUUGUCAGAAGUUAAGGAAGAGCCUCCUAAGAAGAGAGUUGUCAAUGGAGAUAUAGUGAUGCCUAACAAAAAGAAGAGAAAAGCAAUUGGUGCUCGUUUUGAAUGA